AAGAAAGCCCUCCUCACGCUAAACCACACACAGACGACACAACGAGAGAGAGAGAGAGAGAGACUCAUCCCAACCGAAACGAAACAAAUGGCCGUCUCUUCUUUCCAGUGCCCUUCGAUCUUCUCCUCAUCCUCCAUCUCCGGCUUUCAAUGCCGUUCUGAUCCAGAUCUCGUCGGUUCCCCCGUCGGUGGAUCAUCUCGCCGCCGUGUCAAUGCCGCCGCAGGGAUCUCUGCCUCAUUCACCGGCGACGGUGGAUUAUCCUCGAGGAUCUUGAGGUUUCCUCCUAAUUUCGUCCGUCAGCUGAGCAUCAAAGCCCGCAGAAACUGUAGCAACAUCGGUGUUGCGCAGAUCGUGGCGGCUAAGUGGUCCAACAACCCUUCCUCCGGGUUACCUUCGGCGGCGGCGGCGGCUGCUGCUUCCUCGUCUGCAUCUGCGGUUUCUUCCGCCGCUUCUGCAGCCGCAGCCUCGUCCGCCGCCGCCGCCCCCGUGGCCGCCGUUCCUCCCGUCGUGCUCGAUGAGGAGGUUUUGGUGGCCGAGGAGGGGCUUGUUAGGGAGAAGAUAGGUAGUGUACAGUUGACGGAUUCCAAACACUCAUUUUUAAGCUCCGAUGGGAGCCUUACUGUUCAUGCCGGUGAAAGGUUAGGACGUGGUAUAGUCACGGAUGCUAUCACUACUCCUGUAGUCAACACAUCUGCCUACUUCUUCAAGAAAACUGCUGAGCUUCUUGACUUCAAGGAGAAAAGAAGUGUGAGUUUCGAGUAUGGUCGUUAUGGUAACCCUACGACUGUGGUACUUGAAGAGAAGAUAAGUGCACUUGAAGGAGCUGAAUCGACUUUGGUUAUGGCUUCUGGGAUGUGUGCAAGCACUGUUAUGCUUUUGGCUUUGGUUCCUGCUGGUGGACACAUUGUGACUACUACAGAUUGCUACCGGAAGACUAGAAUCUUCAUGGAGAAUUUUCUUCCCAAGAUGGGGAUCACUGUCACUGUGAUUGAUCCUGCUGAUAUCGCAGGGCUUGAAGCUGCAGUGAAUGAGUUCAAGGUUGCUCUGUUCUUCACGGAGUCCCCGACAAACCCAUUCCUUAGAUGUGUCGACAUUGAGCUAGUUUCAGAAAUAUGUCACAAAAGGGGAACUCUUGUUUGCAUUGAUGGCACAUUUGCGACACCUAUGAAUCAGAAAGCCCUUGCUCUUGGUGCUGAUCUUGUCGUGCACUCUGCUACAAAGUACAUUGGAGGACACAAUGAUGUUCUUGGUGGAUGCAUCUGCGGUCCAAUUGAGUUGGUUUCAGAAAUCCGCAAUCUGCAUCAUGUGUUGGGAGGCACACUUAACCCGAACGCUGCGUACCUACUCAUCCGAGGCAUGAAGACAAUGCAUCUUCGUGUACAGCAACAGAACUCGACUGCUUUUAGAAUGGCCGAAAUUUUAGAGGCACAUCCUAAGGUGAGUCAUGUAUACUAUCCAGGCCUUCCAAGUCAUCCCGAACAUGAACUCGCCAAGCGACAAAUGAGUGGUUUUGGAGGUGUGGUCAGUUUCGAGAUUGAUGGAGACAUUGAAAGGACAAUCAAGUUUGUGGAUUCUCUCAAGAUACCUUACAUUGCACCAUCUUUCGGUGGCUGCGAAAGCAUCGUGGACCAACCUGCCAUCAUGUCCUACUGGGAUCUGACGCAAGAGGAGAGGAUGAAGUAUGGAAUCAAAGAUAACUUGGUUCGUUUCAGCUUUGGAGUUGAAGACUUUGAAGAUGUCAAAGCUGACGUCCUUCAAGCUCUCGAAGCCAUCUGAAAAUGAGAUAUCACCCCGUCGUUUCUUUGUCUUUGUUUCUCUCUUGCUGUUUCAGUCACCUUAAUAAUGUCUUUGAACUAUUGUUCCGCGACAUAUACUGUUUCGUUGAAAUAAUCUCGUAUUAUGUAUUUUUGUUAUGUUUGUCAUACUGAUAACAAAUCCCCAUAUAAUACGUCUGUUAAAGAAUGAAAAAACGUCA